AUGUUGCUUUCUCUGCUGCUGCUGCUGCUGGUCUGUAGCACCCAGGCAACUAGUUUUUAUGGAGCAGUGAUGACUUACUACCCAAAAGACACUAACACAGAUGGAUCUAUCAUGGUGGACCUUCGCAUUGUGGCGAGCUUCAACUCUUGCGCAGCUUUAUGUUCAGAUUGGCUGAAGAAUGUUGACAUGGGAAAUGGUGGAGAGUGGUGCCAGAAAGAGGGAAUCAUAAUUCAGCAGCAGCCCAGCAACACUCCCUUUCAGCUGUGGUUGAACGGUGGUCAAUGGAUAGAUAACAUUGUAAAUGGCAUCAUAUUAUCAAGAGCUGUGAUUCUGGUGGAGCUGAGGAACCGGUCGGACACCGGCCAGGCCAACAGAUCACCCCAGACCACCAUACUGCCAGAUCUGAGAGUUCCUUCAAACUGUCAGACAGAUUUCAACCUGUUGGCAUUUGACCCUGAUGGAGAUGAAGUUAAAUGCAGAUAUGGAAAUACAAGACUCUCAGAGUGUGACCCCUGCACACCACCAUCUGUUCUUACCCUCUCAUCAUCUUGUACUUUGUCAUUCAGCCCCACCAAUACCAGUAAUCAAGGUCUAUACGCCGUACAGCUGGUUAUGGAGGACUUUCCCACGCAGAAUAUCACCCUGACUCCAACUCUCGGGGUGCAGACGACAAUAACUACCAACAGCGCUAUAAGCAAACUACCUGUUCAGUUUGUUUUUAAUGUGGACGCUGCGGUGCCAUCCUGCACAGAGGGACUAUAUUUGCCCAAGUUUCUGCAUCCAUCCCCAGCCAACAGAGCUCAGCUGUAUACCCCCAUCAAUCAGGCUCUAGAAAUCAGCAUCAAUGCAACAGCAAACAUCUCCACUUUAGUCAAGUAUCACUCAGAGCUACGGUGUGUCAUUGUCAGUGUUGGAAACAACCCAACAACUACACCAGUACCUACAACAUCCAUGCUUACACAAACUACAACUACCGCACAAACUACAGCUACUAUUUCCUCCUCAACUACCCCACUAACCACCACCUCACCAGUUACAACAACCGCACCAACUACAGCCAUCACUACAUCAACUACUACAAUCAUCACUACACAAGCCACACAAAGCAUAACCACCAUUCCUUCAACACAAACUACAACCACAAGUGCUUCAGCAACUACCCCAUCAACUACACUUAUCACAACAAUAACGACACAAAGCACAACCACCAUUCCCUCAACAACUACCCAACUAACCACAGCAACCACCACCACACCAAUUACAACCACACAAACUACAGCCAACAUUGUAUCAUUAACAACAACUACCCCACCAACUACUACAACCAUUCCCCCAACAACUAUCCCAGCAACUACAACCAUAACUACACCAACCACAACAACCACACAAACAACCACUAUUGCUUCAACAAUUACCCCACCAACCACAGUCACCACUACAACAACCACACAAAGUACCACCACCGUUCCCUCAACAACUACCCAACUACCCGCAGCAACCACCACCACACCAAUUACAACAACUGCACAAACUACAACUAACAUAGUAUCAACAACAACCCCAUCAACUACAGCCAGCGUUACACCAACUACAACUACCACACAAACUACAACCACCAUUCCCUUAACGACUACAGCCAUUACUACACCAACUGCAACAACCACACAAACUAGUACAACCAUUCCCUCAAUGACUACAACCAUCACUACACAAACCACGCAAAGCAUAACCACCAUUCCUUCAACAUCUACCCCACUAACCACAACAGCCACUACGACAACAACACAAACUACAACCACCACUGCUUCAACAACCUCCAUGCCAACUACAACCACCACCACAACCACAGAAAGCACAAUCACCAUUCCCUCAACUACCCAACUAACCACAGUAACCGCCACCACACCAAUUUCAACAACCGCACAAACUACAACUAAUAUUGUAUCAACAACAACCCCAUCAACUACAACCACCACCACAACAACAACGCAAACACCCACUAUUAGUUCAACAACUACCCCACUAACUACAGCCACCACUACAACCAUACAAAGCACAACCACCAUUCCCUCAACAACUAUCCAACUAACCACAUUAACCACAACAACACCAAUUACAACAACCACACAAACUGCAACUAACAUUCAUAACCACCAUUCCUUCAACAUCUACCCCACUAACCACAACAGCCACUACGACAACAACACAAACCACAACCAUCACUGCUUCAACAACUACCCUGCCAACUACAACCACCACCACAACAACCACAGAAAGCACAACCACCUUUCCCUCAACAACUACCCAACUAACCACAGUAACCGCCACCACACCAAUUUCAACAACCGCACAAACUACAACUAA